AACCUCCCCGCUGUUCUUCCCUUCCUCUGACUCUGGUAUUUCCCACAUAAAGCCCCCCGCCUUUCCUCCUCCUCCUGCCAGCCUCCCUGUCAUCCCCCUCCUCCUUCCCCUUCCCUCUCCUCAGAUGGAUUCUUCAGUCAGUCGUGUGGAACCAGAGCGGCUGCCAGAGAGACAGACGCAGAGAGAGGCUGCUCAGAGCAGACGCCGGGUCAGAGCGCUCAGUUUGCUUCAGACAAUCACAGGGCAGAGAGAGACGAGUGCACAGGAAAAAGAGGUAGAACACCACAGAGAGAUAGGCUGCAGAGAGGGAGAGAGAGAGAGAGAGACAAGAGGGAGGUAAAUAUGUGACAGGAUGUGGUUUCCCUGAGCUUGCACAACAUACUUUGAGCAUGACCUAAACGCACCGAGUGUACAAGUGUGUUUGAGCUCCGCUAGGUGCUGAAGAGGGGGGAAAACGAAGCCAACCGCUGGAGCUGUUGUUUCUGCUUGUUUCUCAGACGGAGGGUUGUGUUUUCCCUUCAGAGAGCCCGCUCCUCUGCAACCUCCGUCAGCUUGUUGGACAACAUCUGAAGCAGUGUUCUUCUCUUUCACACCUCUAAAGUAGAAUGAGAUAUUCUGACGGACGCUCUGGAUUUGUCUCCAAGCAGUGAACUUCUCAACCAGAUUGUGAAACAGCAGCAUCUGCAUAGGACUGACAAACUGUGGAGCCAUGGGCUGCGGACUGCGAAAGAUGAAACCGGCGUCAGACGAGAACAGUCCGGGAAAGAUUUACUCCACCCUCAAGAGACCACAAGUGGAGACCAAGGUGGGCGUGGCCUACACAUACCGGUACCUGGACUUCCUGAUUGGCAAAGACGGUGGGACCUCAACGCUGCGCCUCUCGUCGGUGCGGGAGCUGCCCGAUCAGCUCCAGGAGCUUUACCAGCAGGGGUUUGUCCUUGCGGCCGUCCAUCCAUUUAUCCAUCCCUGUGGUCCGCAGUCCAACAGCCCGCAGCACCAGCUCUACCGGGCCAUACUUGUCCGAAUCAGUGACGGGGUGGAAAGGAGCCAGCCAGUCUGCCCACCAAACAAGCUACUGCUGGAAGAGUGCCUGUCUGCGGAGCAGGUGCCCACUCCCGAGCUCAUCCAGGGCUACGUAAAGAAGAUGCAGGAUUUCGCUGACCAGGGGGUGAUGUUUGUGGGAUUUGUCCAGGAGCCAUACGGAGCGCCUUGCACCCGGAUCAGAGAACCAGAGACCCCCUCUCUGUCUCUGCACUCCAGCCCCAGUUCUGUCCUUGGCUCCCUGGGUAGCUGCAGCCCAUCAAACCCCUCAAGCCCCAGAAACCAGCCAGAUCCUGGAGCGAAAAGUGACAGUACUGACAAAGAGGGGGGCAUGCAGGCAUCCCGACUGGAUAGGGAGAGAAAUGAAAGCGAGAUCAACAGUGAAAACCACUCAGGUUCUGGCGGAGGGCGCAUCCGGGACGGCAUCUCACCGGCAGCAUCUCCAUUAUCAGAGGGAGACCUGGAGAACAGCGAGGUUCUGACCGAGGAAGACUCGUCGUACCACAAUAACAACAAAGACAUCAUCGGAGACAGAAAGGAGAGGCCAAGAUACAGGCGAGGUGAUGCAGGAGUGGAACUGCUGGCUUUGUACAACAACCCGCCGGUCCGAGAGGGCCAGGUGAAAUACUACACUGUCAAAGUGCCUCUGCGGGUUCAAAGCUAUGAAGAAGGCAUCAAAGGAGUGGAGGCCAACUGGUUGGACCACAUGACCCAACACUUCAACAACGGCGCCUCGCUGGUUGACGGAUAUUUCUACCUGGGCAACGGGAACGAUUUGCUGCCUAAGACAGUGGAAAGCGUCUUCAUCUUCCAAGAGGCGAGCGAGGGUGAGCCAAACGCUGCUGCACCCACGUAUGAUGCCAUUGUAGUGGAACAGUGGACCAACAUUGAUGGUUUGCAGGUGAAAACUGAUUACGUUCCUCUACUUCAGUCACUGGCCACAUAUGGAUGGAGACUAACCUGCGUGCUGCCGACUCCUGUAAUCAGGACUAACAGUGACGGGAGUCUGUCCACCAAGCAGAUCGUUUUCCUGCAGAGACCGGUCGUUAGCCGGAAGAAGAGGGAAUCCAAGAAACUAAUCUUCAAGGCCCGAAGCAAGUCCAACAAAAACUGCAUCAAGGAUGUGGCGAAGAACAAGAAGAAAAAGACAAUAAUUGAAAAGGAUUCUGACGAUCUGAAGAUCGCUGAUGACGGAGAGAAAGUUGGAAAAGAGGAAAAGACUGUGACUGGAAGCACAAACACAGCACAGGUAGAGGCAGCAGGCGAAUCCAAGAAAGAGAGGAAGAUAAGGAGUGAGGAAGAUAAAAAGGCUGAUGCAGGGAUGGUGAUCAGCAUCGAGAAAGUCACACGGAAAGAUGAACCAGACAAAAGUGAAGACAAAGUAGCAGAAAACUGCACCGAGGAGACGGAAAGCAAAGCUCCAGAUGGAGAGAGAUCAGAAGAAAAUGGAGAGCCAUCGGGAAAGGAGGAGGUCGAGGAGGUCAAUGAAACAGUUGUGACUGUAGAGACUCAGAGUGAGACCAAAGAAAAGGAGCUGGAGGGCACUCCGAAAGCUGAGUCCGUGAUAGAAAAUGGGAUAGAGACAGAUGAAGAGAAAUAUGACAGUGAAGCGAAUGAAAUCAAAACAGGGGAACCAGUGGAGGUUAUCGCAAAGGAGACUGUGGCAGAUCCAGCAACCACAGACCCAAGCCCAGCGGAGGCUCAGGAGUAGCACCAUGCAAGUCGAGCUUUUCCCCCAUCAUACCUCUUAAAUUCCCUCUCUUAAAAACUGAUUCCUGAAUCCAAAUUGAAGUGGGGGGGGGGAAAAGGUUGCUCCGCUCUGCUGCAGCAUCCUCCAAACCCCCCAUCUCACAUGCGAUUCCCCCAAAACCUGCAACAGUGUAGCUAAACAAAAGAAGACCGUGACAUCAGUUCUAUUGUAUAACCACAAAUACUGAAUGUAUUUAACAACAGGGGAUGCUUCUGCAGGCAGGUCCAUGUGGAGUCCAAACACUGAAUGGAGGAAGGCAGAGAGAUGAAAAACCUCAAAAAGACUUGGUCACGGUUCCAGAGCUGCUUUGUUCACUAAACACUCACUGUUCACUAUAGACGACAUAAGCUUUAGGUUUAGCUAGUAAACAGUCACUGCAGCUUACUAGCUUUACCUGAAGGUUUUAAAAACAUGAAAUAUAUAUAAAACAAAAAUAUUUGGAUGAACUUGGAAAUUUAGAUAGCAAGCUAGACACCAUUUUAUGAUGCUCAUCUGAGAUUUAUUUUUAAGUUUUCUCUAUUUUUAUUUUGUUUUUAACCAACAUCAGGUUGCUCCAACUUGAUCCACCUUCAUUAACCCUUAUGAAAGAGCUAAUUACAAUAUAUUUUCAUAUUAAUAAUUCGAGAAAAUGACUUCUUUUGCUAUAUGACUUUUUAGUGUGACCAAGUCUUCUGUUUGUGUCAGUUCUUCGUAAGGAAAUCACCACCUUUUAGUUUACGAAGUUUGCUCUAAAAUAUCUCUAAAAAAAGAUAUUUUAAAGAGAGGAGAAUUCCCAUAAAAUGUUCUUGCAGGUCAUUCCUUGUUUCAUUCUGAUCCAGGAUGCAGAGGAAAUUUACAGGAGAGCGCUGUUAGAGGUGAUGGGAAAGGCAUUUGUUGCGACAGGCAAUCCAAAGCAGGCCGUGGAGAUCAUUGUUUACGCUGAGCUCUAAGCCGUCAAGUGCUUCAAAGAGAGCCGAUAAUCACUCUUUGGUAUGAUGUGCUAAGCUUACCUUGCAUACAGAAUGUUCCCAAUAAUAUUCCCAAGCCCAGCCAGACAAGAAAGUGAAAUUCAGCUGAAUGUUCGCGCCUCAAGGACAGGAUCAGUAGAUAGGUUUCCUCUGUUAGCUUUACAUACAGGUGAGAGGAUUUCUGCAUGAAAUGUGUAGUCGGUGGGGAUUGCUCUUGUUCUGUACUGAAGCCAGAAGUGAGAGGUCUGAAGGAGAAAAGUCAGAUAAGAAAGAGGUUGUAGUGGAAAAAGGGAAUAGAGAAGAAAUAAAGAAGGACCAGUGAGCAUGAAAGACUCAAAUAACGGAAACGAAUUGGUUCGUUUAAAGCAACGGUCGUUUGUAACCCCAGCAUUUCCUGCAGAGGUUUCUUUCGCUGCUUUACCUCCAUCUCUUUUCGCACCUCUUACUGGACACAGUGUCUGACAUUAACUGAGUCAUAAUGCGCCGUAUCGCGGCUCUGCUGUGGCUUUCCAUUUUAGAGCUGGAACAAGAGGGAGGGAGGAGGCGACGUUUACAGAGCGGGGCUCUCUGUGGAUCGCUAAUGGAUUUUGUCAGUGGGGGAUCUGUCAGUAAUCAUGCAUUUAUAAUGGGGGGGUCAUUUGUUGGGGGGAGUUAUUAACAACAAAACACCUCAACAUGUCAAGUUUCACGUUUAAAAAGGAUGUCAUGGGGAUCCGUUUGCACCGGAGAGGACAAGCUUGAUUUAAAAUUACUUGCACCUCAUCGUAAAACCUGUUUUGUAAACUGUUGGCGUUUGGCUGAUUAAAAAGUACCUGCUGUCCUCGUAUAAUUUGUCACAAUUAUCUUUUUUUUUUUUGUGUUGUGAUAAUUAAUGAUAUGUGGUUGCGAAAAGUAUUUCUUCUCUGGAGAAGAAGCUCCACGAUUUCAAGUGCUCUCCUGCCUCCGGUGAGGUUCCUUUAAAUGUAAAAUGGAAAAUGUUUUUGUGUAGAGUAGAAUAUAAAACUGUGACCAGUUUAGCCUUAUUACUAUACUGUUAAUGGCCCAGAAUCUGCUAUUAGAAAUGUUUUUAGCGGCAUAUUGGUGAUUUCAGUGUUAUAUGUUUGUUAUAGUCAAACAGCAAAGUUUUGCUCCGGUUGGUGUUUUGAGGAUAUUGUUCCUGGAGUUAAGAGUGAAGGGAUGAAGAUGUUUAUCCAUAUGAAGGUAUUACAUUUUGUAUUAUUUUUCUGACAUGUUCUUGAUUGUGAAUGUCUGGUUUUCAAGUAAAAACAAAAAGGCUUUAUGCUGCCACUGCUUGUUCUGCUAAAGCUUGCAAAAAAUGCGUUGCUGACCGGUGCUUUGAGCUACCUCCUCAGGGCCGAUGUUGGCUUUCAGCUUUGGGGUCGCUGCAAGGGCGACCUCUUGAAACAUAUGCUCCCUCUCCUCUACUGCUCCAGUAUGACUAUGAGCAUGAGGUCAUCUCUAAUGGCAGCCAAGGUCAAAGGUUUCUGAGUGAGAAUGGAUUUUUCUCAGCUGUACAAACAGGAGAUUGCAUGAGCACACCGUGACAUAUUUAUUUAAAGUGCUUUGUAUCUUUUUUUUUUUUUUUUACAGAUUGAGAUUUCAUAGACACUCCUGAGUUCAUUUAGUCGGAACGUGACCAGCAUGAAAUAACAUGCUAAUUCAUGUUGUUCAACGAACUGCUCCGACCUAUUCUUUUAUUAAUAUACUCAUUUGUUAUGAAUUAGUAUAAUGAAAAGAAUUUGAGCUGUUCUUAUCUUCUGUAAGUUUCAGUUGAAUUUAAUUUAAUUGAUAAAUUAAGAUAUUGAAAGCUACUCAGAAUCUCAUGUAGAUGAUGAUAUAUGUUUCUGCUCACCUUGAUAAUUACGACUUGCAUCACAAACAAUAAAAUACUCUACAAAACAAAUACAAAUAAGAUUUCUAAUACCAUCAUAACCAUGUCCAUGCAUGUGCAGUCAAUACUUGGUUGGGGCUCAUUUUACCUGAAUUCAUGCAUUAAAGGGGACAUAUGCAAAAUUUCCAUUUUGUAAGUUUUCACACUUCUAUUUGGGUCUCUGCCCCUUCUAAAAUUAGUCUUAAAGCUUAAGCAAAUUUUUUGUAGUCCCAAUUUGCGCUAUUUAAUUGACUGUCUCCUGGUAAGUGAGCAGUCUUCCCUGUGAUUAUCUAGGCCAUAGCAUGCCAAUAAUAUAAUACUUUAGAUAUGUCAAACUCCAGUUAUUGAGGCCUGUGUAGAUGUUGCAACACAUAAAUCAAAUAAUUCAAUUAUUGGUGGAAGUCUGUACAACCUGAACACAUGAUGGAGAUUUGAUUCAGGUGUCCCAGACAGGGACACAUCUAAACGUUACAGGACACCAGCCCUCAGGGACUGGAGUUAGCUUCAAGCUAUAAUCUUUAAAAGAGAAAGUAAUAAGUGCUUGGAAUAUAUUACUCUUUUUGUAAUGAAUGUAUUCAUGAGUUUUAAUACUUGAUAUUGUUGAGAUUUAAACUGUUGUGAGUCAAUGUGGGUGCUCCUGCUUUCUUCUUCUUAUGUGUCUGCUGUAAAAUCUGAAAAGUAUGACUUGAGCGUUCCCAUUGGGGGUUUUUCUACGCAUACAGUAUAUUCCACAAGCGAAGCAUAGUCUGGAGAACAGAUUAGAUAUUCAGGUAAGCCUGAGUGACCUGAUUGUUUUUUAUUCCGGCCCAACAGCAUGGACAAGAGAAACUUUGACAGAGGACCUGACCCUGUUCCCGCUUGUCCUCUACCUGAGCCCUGCAGGGUUCCGUUUCCUCAAUAAGCACUUACUAUUUAGGUUGCUGUGUAGUCUAACCUCUAGCAUGAAUAUGCUCAAGGGAGUGUGAGUAAUUGGGGUUUUUCUUCUAUUAUUUUUGCCUGCUGUUAAUGUUAACACAGACAGGGAGUCAAAAAGCAAGGCAGAACCUGACAUUUAAUCAGCUAAACGAUGCUGAACCAUGUUAACUCUGCCAUGUGUGAAAAGGAGGGGACCUUUGACUAAUGUUAGACUCAAAUAUACAUCUGUGCUCCCCUCCAUUUAUAGUAUCUGUGAGAAAUAUACAGCUUGCUGUCUUAUAUCAGCAUAAAUGUCUCUGAGCCUGAGUAGUGGCGCUGGUGCAAUCGCUCUUGGUAAUGCUAUAAAAAAACGCAAUGGUUCAUUUCCUGUGUGCUACAAUGAUGUGAAACGGACAAAGUAGAAGCGACAGAACAUAACACAAUAGGAUGCAGUCACUUUUUUUUCCCUGUGUUGUCACUUUAGCUUUGCUCACAGCCUCUGGAAAAUGUAUUGUUAGAUUUUCUUUCUCUCUGAUGUAUUUUUUUAACACCUCAACUGCCAUCUUGAAUGUUAAGUAUCUUCGAUCAUGUGCCGAUGUCACUUGCAUUGAUGUAGAAAAAGUAUUCUUUAUCUUUCCUAUUCUGAGUAUGUCAACAUUCCUACUGUACCUGGCAUCUGUACAAUUUGUAUAUUAUAAAAUGAUUUAUAUUUAAUGUG